UCAAGUAAAACGUCAGGUCAUUAUUUGCUGAUGACAGUGCCAUCAAGCCGUCUCUUAUGAACAAGAACUACAUGAUAUUUAUAAGAUCUAUAUAUGAACGUGCGAAUUAUUUUUUGGCGCAAGAAGAGGCGCACCACUAACCUCCUUGUGAACUACAAUGUUGAACAUAAAGCACUUCCGGCAUUGAAAACGCCUCUUGUGUUGCCAAAGAAGUAGAAAGUCUUUUAGUUUCGAGCACGACUAUAUUGACGCCCUGGCGAACCAUGUCGGACCAUCCUGCGCAUCUUUCUCCGGAUCCGGAGAGCCCCUUGAUCCCGUACACGGCAAUGAUUUACCAGAACACAAACGUUUCCGGGCACACGAUUUACCAUUUGCGGGUCAUGUCACCGGACGGACAGUCGUGGGACAUUGGGAAAAGGUAAGUACUAUUGGCCUUUUUGCAUCACACUUCGCCAUGUAUACAGCUCAAAGAGAAAGCAGAGCAGCCGUCUGUCAUGCAUAAAAGAAGCCCGACGCGGACGCCGACUGCAAGUUCAUAUAUCUUCAAUUUUCCUCCAGGUAUAGCCACUUCCAUGAGCUAAACGAGACGCUGAAGCAGAAGUACCCGGUGCAACUUCCCCAUUUUCCCGGCAAAAGACUGUUCGGCAACAACGACCAGGCGUUUAUCAACCAGCGGCAGAUGCAGCUACAGCAUUACCUCAACGGGGUAUUGAUCCUCGAGCCCGAUUAUGAACUGCAAACACGUCUGGGUCUGGAAAGAUCCAAGGUUUGUCAUGCUUGUCGGACAUGACUCUCAAGUCUGUCAUGCACAUUACCCAAAGGCACCACUUUUCUGUCGUGCAGAAGGUCGCUUUGUCAUGCAGAAAAGGCAAGACUGUAGCACCUCCGAAACUUGUCAUGCUUGCCAGUCAAUUGAGGCGUCCUCGUCUUUCGCAACCAGCAUCACAAGUUUCCAGACCCAGACAUAUUUGCAUUUGAUACCGACUGCCGCACGCUGGCUGUCGCGGAGUUUCUGGAACUGGUACCAAGCUCCGACGGCAGCAAAUUAGUCCACUCCGACAGCGUAGGGGGAGUGGGGACAGGUCCAGGUAAUCCCGGAACAUCAAAUACUGCUGCUGCGCAACAAGGAGCAUCUGGUAUCGCCAACGCAGUGACCCAGGGCGCGGGGGUGACAAGUUCCGGCCCGCCGGUGGUGAGAACACAGCAGAAUAAUGACCAGCAGGCAUCCACAGAUCAACAAAAUUCAAAUCCGGAUCAACCGCCGCCAGCCAGUCCAGAGCAACUCAGCGCUUUGAAACCUUCACAACAAGGAAUGAAUACUGCAGCAGCGAAUGCGAAUCAAAACCAGCAACCUCCCGCGCUUGCCGGCUACCCGCCGAACCCGAAUUACAGUCCGAACCACAACCUCGGGUCUUCUAUUUCAACCGAUGGGACAUCAAACGCGAACAAAAACCCGAACGACCCGGACAGCGAUGAAACGGACGACCAGCGGUUAUACGCGUACUUGGAAAAUUCCGGGCUAUUGCAGCAAGACGGGGACGGAUCGUUGUACCCUGUUUCCGCUACGGGGCAGAAUUCGCUAGAAGAAGCGUUAGAAACACUCGUGAACUCGGCGUCGAUGCGAUUUCUGGAUUUAGGUCAAACCCCGCAGUGCGUGGACCAGAUCGAAAUCAACUUCCGGUUGCAGCUAUCCUGUGCAAAAGUAUCGUACUCGUAGUACUUGCGUUUAUGCAUUACAGAUCUCUCUCUCUGAAGCUGAAUCCGCAUGACAAGUUCCAUUUGGAUUUGUCAUGCUGAGCUAAUUUGUAUUGCAUACAAUGCUACGAGAGGUGCGAUACUUUUGCAAUUCAUAGCAGCGGUACGACCAUUUGAUCAAGACGGAGUUGAAGGAUUUGAAAAUUGAAGUCAGUGAGGAAAUUAUCGCAAGAGGAAACUGUUUCACUAAUGAACUUGUGAUGCAGAAAAUGUAUCGCAAGCGUGUUUGUGUUGCUACACAUGCAAGAUAAUGCAUUUGUAGGCGAGCUUUCCCAUAGGAAGCUCGCAUGGCAAACUUCCUCCGUGAUGUAGAGCAAACUUGUGAUGCAAAACGUACAGAAUCAUCACAGUGAAGCAGUUUUUUCGUGGGAUAGAGAUGGAGAAAAAAUGGCCGCAGUACUGCUCGCCCGAUUCAAAGGGAAACGGCCCGACGAAGAAGAGCUCGAUACUAGACCCGGAUAUGCAAUACAGAUUUAUUGCCGCACACGUCGCAGAUGGCAAAUUUUGAUGACAUACCCAAAGCAAAGUGAGAUUUGUAUUGCUGUCUGAGGUAGCAUUUAUUAAUCCUGUGUUGCAUGGUUAGCGUUUGCUUGUGUGCGGUAUCAACUUUCCUUCGGAUACCGUCCUUCGCGGAGUUCACGAAAAAUUUGAAACCAGACCUGGGCAUCGUCGACCCGGGACAGUUAUGGAUUGCAAAAAUGUCUGGGUCUGGGAGAUUCUGACACUUGUCAUGCACGUUUUGCAUGAGCCCUGAUGUCUGUGAUGCAUGCCCUAGCAUCACAGAUUUUUUGAGAGCUUCUUGAUGCCUAUUCCGCAUGACAAAUUCCCUCUCCGCGUAGCAAAAAUUACGUUCCUUUUGGUACUCAUGCAAUACAGAUUUUUUUGGAAUCCAAAUACAGCAUCACAAGUUGCAUUCUUUUUCUUCCGGACCCAGACACUUUUACAUUUGAUAACAGUUAGUAGCGCAGUUUUUGACGGAAGAGGAGUUAGACGCUUAUGCGACCGGGGGUGGGCACAAGAUGGGACAGGCGGAAGUGGCGAUGUGAAAGUGAAUUGGUGAGUAGUUUUCUUCUUUUCCCAGCUGCACGCUCGUCAUUAUAGCAGCACUCAGACUCCACCUAGCGGUGUACUUCUUGAGCCACGAUGAACACAUGAGCAACAACUUUUUGAAGGUGAAUGUAAGUACCCGUCAUGAUGAUCCCAUCAAAAAGCAGAAGUAUUCUUCAUCACCAGCGACAUAACCACGAACCACAACAGCUUUUCAAUCUUAUUUACCAGAACGAAUGAAACCCCAUGAAUUAUUAGCACCCCAGUAUAUUAACAAACGGAGACAAGAGGCUGAGACGUUUUAU